AUGCUCUUCAUUACAGAAACAUGGCUUCUCUCUCCCUCACAUCUUCCCACAUCAUGGUCACAAAUUCACUUGUAUGGGUCUCCUGUAGCUGGCACCUAUAGGGGCUCUAUGGGUGUUUCUGUUCUCAUAUCACCUCACUGUCCUUAUGCCGUCACUCAAAUACCUAUGCCCUCCAAAUAUGCUCUGGCUGUCAAAAUUGGCUCACUCAGAAUUGUAUGCUUAUAUCUUCCACCAAAUAUGCCCACUCACGAUGUCCUACAUGUACUCUCUUCCAUUCCUUUAACACAUGAUACCAUUCUUUGUGGUGACUUCAAUGCAAGACUUGGCUCUGUUACUGGUGACUAUGCAUCAAAUUCUCGUGGACUGGCACUAUGUUCUUGGAUAGAAGAGAGAUUUCUAUCAGUUGUAAAUGCAGAUCUUGCACCUUGCAUACCAACAUAUAUUUUUUUCCGCAACAACUAUGAAAUCAGCAGUAUUAUUGACCUCUUGAUAACUAAUAUGCCACUCAUCAAUCCUUCUCUUCAUAUUGCUACUGACUUGUCCCUUGGAUCAGAUCAUUGCCUUUUGUCACUUUCCUUUGCCUAUGAUCUACAGCACUCUACCAAUAUGCCACCACCAUUAUGCAAGUCAUGGAACCUCUCACGCCUCAAUGAACCUGAUGUCCAUGCUCUUUAUGCUCAUAUUUUCACUCAAAACUCAACCUCCCUCCUUUCCACCUUGCAAGACAUUGUACAGAAUCCACCACUCACUAGACCCAACAUUGAUGCUAUCACUGAUGAGUUCAAUUUACUCAUUUAUGACUCAUUAAAUAGCUCAAUUGGACAUCGACCCUCUCGCCCCAACCAUUGGAAAUCCUUCUGGAAUGUGGCAUUACAAACAGCAGCAGAUCAUCGUAACCAAUGUUACAAAAAAUGGCGCCUAGCAAUAGGUAUUGACAAAGUUGUUUGGUGGACUAAACACAAGCAUGCACAGGCCGAAUUCCGAUCUCAGGUUCAGCAAGCAAAACGUCAGUCUUGGCAUGUCUUUUGUCAGUCUAUGGAACGUGACUUCAGCAAAGCAACAUCAAAGAUAAAGCAGUUAAAACGCCGUAGACAGCCGCAACAUACUUUCCAGCACGAUGAUGGACCAGCCGUAGCAGCAGCAACAAUGUGUGACUAUUUGGCAACAGUAUAUAGUGGACAUAUACUUCCAGCAACCCGACCACCAGCACCAAUGACCACUUGUAACAGUGUGCCUUUUGCCUCUGAUGACUCUCCCUUUACCUCACCAAUUGUAGAGGAAUUCAUGCAAUUUAUGCCUAACCGCAAGGUACCAGGACCAGACCAUAUCAGAGCUGAAAUGCUAAAACCUGUAAAAACACAUGUCUCACCCAUUCUUACUUUAUUAUUUACAGUUUGCUGGCAAUGGUCAUAUGUUCCAAGUUUGUGCCGCCAAGCCCAGGUCUUCCCAAUCUUUAAGAAGCACUGGGGAAUUAGAUUUCUACACAUAUGUGAUAGUAUGGGAAAUUCUGAGUGA